AUGUCGUCCUCAGCAGCUCGCUCGGGCGAGCGCAUGAUUCACCAGGACUUCAUUGCGCGCAUCCGCUUCUCCAACGCCCUGCCUCCUCCGCCGAACCCCCCCAAGCUGCUCGACAUCCCCAACACCGGCCUCGCGAGCGGGCAGUACACGACGCCUGGCUUUGCUUCACGCCUGGCGCGGGAGCAGCCGCUGAACAUUGAGGCCGAUGCAGAGCUGGGCAUGCCGCUGGAUCUGGUGGGCAUGCCGGGCGUGUUUGACGGAGACGAGCGAUCAAUCCAAGCAUCAUCACAGCCACCGCCCGUCCACCCGCACGACCGAGCCCUCCUCAGACCCAUCGCAGCCCUCGGCAAGCCCAAGGUCGCCGAGGCAAACGUUUCCUUCCUCCGCCGAACGGAAUACAUCUCGUCCCUGAUGCCGAAGCGCCUCGAGGCGAACCACCCCAGAGCGCUGCUGGCCAAUAACCGGCGGCCGGCUAAGCGCCCAGAAGCCGCCGCCGACUCGCCGCAGGUCAUCAAGCGAAAGAUCGACAAAAGCUUCGAGAUUGCCGAGCAGGACCUCAAGGACCCCAAGCGCGUCAAGCACCCGUCCAAGAAGCACCUCAAGGUCGUCGAUGCCAAGCCCCUGCUGCCGGACCUGGACGCGUUCCCCGACUCGGGAGCCUACGUCACCAUCAAGUUCCUCACGAACCCCGUCUCCAGCUCCAACGAGUACGACACGCGUCUGCGCAGCGGCCUGUUCAGGCCGAUAGACCGCACGGCGGCCGAAGAGGCCGCGCUCGAGGCCGCCAUGGAAGCCUACACCCAGGACCCCGUCAACAACCCCAAGCCGGCCAACCUGAUGAACUACGACUUCUACCUCGGCCAGACCCGCGCCGAUGCCGAUCGCUUCCGCCGCAAGUUCGACGUCGACGACCCCAGCCACGACGACGAGGACCUGUACACGCACAAGGCGGACACGGGCGGCUACUUCCAGUUCAACCGCAUCAGGGCGUACGAGACCGCUCAGGAGACGGAGCUCGACCACCCGACCAAGUACGAGGACGAGAUCAUCCUGGCCGUCAACGACGACGACACCUACCCCAAGCAAAAGGCCGUGUACUACUACCCCAUCAUGCAAAAGUCCACCAUCCGGCCCCAGCGCACCAAGAACAUUGCGCGCACAAACUACGGCCUGGCCGAGGACGACGAGACGCAGGUCGUCGACCAGCUGGACCUCACCGUCGAGGACCCCACCGAGGAGAUGCGGGGCGCCAUGAAGAUGUACGCCGAGCACCCCCUCGGCUGGGACCAGGAGGAGGGCGCCGAGGAGCACGAGCAGGAGCAUAUUGAGCAGUCCAUCGAGGAGGCUGAUGUCGACGCCGACGGGGAAGAGGCCGCCGAGCGUAAUGGCGCUUCGAGCCCGGGAGGACAGCAGGAGCGGUCUCCUUCUGCGGAUCGCGAUGCUGAGGGUGAUGAGGAUGAGGAUGAGGACUAA